GAUGCGGUAGAGAAGGGGGCUGGACCUCACCCCAGCUGAGAUCCAUCUCCGCAUGAGUGCGGCUCGCGCUCGUCGCCUUUUAACUUGAUUGAUGAGCAGAUUGGAGCGCAGAAGGACGGGCGAUCGCCGUCGCGAGACUCCCUCUUAAACCUGCUGCCGCGGCUCGUGCCUCCUUUCCUCAUUGAGUUCUAGCCCCCAAAAAAGAGCUUGAUGUGAGCAAAGGGGGAGCCGGAGCACUUUUUCUUCCCUUCUCUCACCCUCACAGUGCACCUCUCCACUAAAUCACUUUAGUUUUUAGUUUUAUCAUAUUUUUUUUCCCCUCCUCUUUUGUUUUGUGGUACCUCCUCGGACCCUCGGCUUCAGCACGGCUUCACCUUGGCACCUUUCCUGAAGUCUCACCCAACGGCACCAACGGUUCUUCUGCAACUUUAACGCACGUCAGGGAACAAAACAAGAUUACAAAAAAAGCCACCGAAGGGGGAAAACUAUUUUUUUUUCCUUGCGUAAAAAAAAGGCGUUAAAGUGACACAAUGAGUCUGAAAUCUGAUUCUGAGCCGAACAACAACGUAUCGAUAGAGGAGGAGGUGCGCACUCUCUUUGUCAGCGGCCUUCCAGUUGACAUCAAACCACGUGAACUCUACCUACUCUUCAGACCCUUCAAGGGUUAUGAAGGUUCACUGAUCAAGCUGACAUCAAAGCAGCCUGUUGGUUUUGUUACCUUUGACAGCCGGUCGGGUGCUGAAGCUGCGAAGAAUGCAUUAAAUGGAAUCCGCUUUGACCCCGAGAGCCCGCAGACACUACGGUUAGAGUUUGCUAAAGCCAACACGAAGAUGGCUAAGAGUAAGCUGAUGGCCACGCCGAACCCCACCAACAUCCACCCAGCUCUAGGAGCACACUUCAUUGCACGGGACCCAUAUGACCUCACGGGUGCAGCGCUGAUUCCUGCGUCCCCUGAGGCCUGGGGCCCCUACCCACUGUACACCACCGAGCUGACCCCCGGGCUCCCCCAUGCUGCCUUCACUUACCCUGCUGCCGCAGCUGCUGCUGCUGCCCUCCACGCUCAGAUGCGUUGGUACCCAUCUCCAUCUGAGGCCUCUCAGCCAGGGUGGAAAUCCCGUCAGUUUUGUUAAGUAUUUAAUACCAUUCAGAAUUUUUGGUUUUUGGUCCUUUUCCCUUUGGUUUUGUCCCUUGUGGAUUGAGGUACUGAGAUCUAUAAUUUAAUCAGGUGUAUUUAAUGGACAAAGGUGCAUUAUGGACUCUUCCUUCGGAAACACUGAAGGAUUUCGAACCGAAACACACAUUGUGGACUUCACACCUUCUUGCUGAAUGUGCGGUACAGUCCUUGCACUUCAAAACCUUGUGCAAGUGGCUCUGCAAGAGAAGGACUGGUUUUGCUGAAGGAACAAUUAUAGCUGCUCUAGUAGAAGGGAGGGGGGUUGUUUCGGGGAGGGUGAGACAAUCAUCGCAUGUUAAAAUAUUUGGCAUGAAUUAAAUGCAGUGUCCUGUGUAUCUUUGUCAGUGUUUGUGUUGCAGCCAGUCUUGGCCUAGUCAUUGGACUUUUCAGUUUCAUGUACCUUUAGUCUCACUUUGACAUCUUCUGACUCAUUGCUUGUUUGCAAAGUAGAGGCUUUUUUCUUUAAGAAUGGACAACUUAUGCACUGGUUUUAUUUGUAUUUUCUUCAUACAAUCUCCAUAGUGGACCUUCUGAAAGUGGUGCAGCUGUGUGGCCCUUUGGGGAUGCUGCCACAUACAACAACCUGGUCCUGCCAAAAUGUCCCUGUCUGUCUAGAGUAUAUCUGAACAUGAGUACAAGUAUUUUUGUACUACUCUAACAAAUAUUUAUACAUUUUUGUGCAAUUAAAUCUGUAUAAGUUGAUGUUUAGUCUGCCUUUGUGUAUUUUGUUUGACAGUUUUCAGGAUUGAUCUAUAUCCUGUUUGAAGUGGUUUAAAGUGCAAUUUUUGUUUUUGCUUGGUGUUAAAUACUAAAGUAUUCUGACUGUGGCUGAACUGCUAGUUAAGACUGCUGACAUGAGAUUGCUGUUUAAAAAAAAAAAUGCUCUUUCCAAAUGUGAAACUGGAUAAUAAAUGAAUGA